GGAUGGUUUUCAAGUCUUCAUCACCGAACCACCACAACCUCCUCUCACGGGACCCUCUCAUAUCCAUGUGCCGUCAAGAUGACGUCAUUGUUCGGAACUCAUCUCACUUUCAAGAAUCUUGUAAGAGAGACACACUAGGAGUCUGCUGUGCAACAUGGUCUCUUGCCAACUAUGUCGCCAACAUGAACAACAGGGGUUCUUGCCUUGAUGUAACAGAUGAUGAUGUCAGUCGCACGAAAGCUCUUCUUCAACGAUGCGCUCCUUUCUACAAUUCUGGCGAUCUUCAACCCGGUUGCAGUAAAGAUAAGAAUUGCUCAUCUCGAGUGCCUGCUGAAUGUCUUGGAUAUGAUGAUGCAGUAUAUUUCAUCUUCUAUGUUCUCACUCCUGGUAUGUUCCCAUCAUCUCUGAACACCGACAAUGCUGAUUUAAACCUGGUGCUUCACCUGUAUCCGUUGAGCGCUGAUGCAGAUGAAGUCAAGUCAAUCUAUCUGGAGAACAUCUUCAACCAGGACCUGGAUGAUGGAAUUACCAUGGUAACAGGGAUUGGCGUGGACACCAGGAAGGUUAAAUUGAGCACCUACUCCAAUGCACUGCGUGGAGAUUUCAUCUAUGUUGGUAUAGGAUGCACACUCAUCGUAGCAAUCAUCUGGAUCUAUAUGGAGUCACUGAUUACAUCCAUCCUGGUCCUCUUGCAGAUGGCGCUGUCGCUUUUGCUUGGAUAUUUCUUCCACUUUGUUGUUUUUCGCUUCACAUUCUUCCCGUUCAUGUCACUCUUGGCGGUGAUCCUUGUGAUGGCAGUAGGUGCGGAUGAUGCCUUCAUCUUCAUGGACAUCUGGAGGAAGAACCUGCAGGAGUCACCUGAUGAAUCCUGUGUGAAGGUCUUGAAGAUAUCCCUCAAGGAAGCGACAUUCACCAUGUUCGUCACAAGCUUUACCAAUGCUGCUGCUCUCUUUGUGACAGCUGUUAGCGCUGUUACAACUGUACGCCUCUUCUCAAUCUACUCUGGAAUGGUGAUCUUAACAAACUUUGUUCUUACAGUCAUCUGGCUCCCGCCUGCAAUCAUGGUGUCUGAGAAGUACAUCCAUAAAAGAAAAUAUGGAACAAGAACGGCUUCUGCAAGACAUAAAGUAGUAUAUGCUAAGACAAAAAGAAUACUAGGUAAUAUCAUUGAUUCUAUCUUUAAGGUUCAUCUGCCAAAGUUUGUGCUUAGAUUUCGUUUUGUGUGGCUAAUUGUUUUUCCCGUCCUCUUUGGUGGGUCAUUAGUUGUAGUUUUCUUCAUGCCAGGAUUAUCUCUUCCAUCCAGUGGGGGUAUACAAAUUUACAAACCAACGCAUCCUAUUGAAAGAUAUGAUCAAGUUCUCAAAUUGAAAUUUGACUUUGAAAGUGCCAGUGUUAACACACUUCCAAUCAUCUUUGUUUGGGGAAUUAUUCCACUAGAUAAUGGUGAUCCAUGGAAUCCCGAUGACAGGGGGCAUGUUCUGUUAGAUGAACCACUGACCCUUUCACAGGAGGACAGUCAACAGUGGCUUUCAAACUUUUGUAAGGAGGUGCGUCUACAGACCUUUUAUCAAAGACCUUCAAUGGUCAAAGAGGACUGUUUUAUUGAAGCCUUCAAGAGAUUUAUGGAACAACCAUGUGAUGCUACAGGUACAGAUGAUCAAAGACAUCGGUGCUGUGACCAGACACACUUUCCCUUCCUAUCGGACCUCUUUGAUGAGUGCCUUCCAAAUUUUAUUGCAGAUCAUUGCAAGAGAAAUCCCUGCCAUAUGCCUAUUCCAGGUCUACGCUUUGGACGGAACAACUCAAUCAGUGCUCUUUACAUGCGGUUUGAAAGCUCCGUUCUUGAAAGGUUUGAGUUUCAAGAGACAAAUGAGUUCUGGAACAAUGCCACGUCCUGGAUGAGAGACCAGCUAGCAUCAGCUCCUGAGGGACUCCGUAACGGUUGGUUUGUGACCAUUAGUGAUACGCAGCCUUACUUCCUGGACAAUACUCUGAGCUUUGCUAGAGGAGCCCGUACCUCUCUGGCCUUGUCCGUCUCAAUCGCUGCAGGAGUGGUCCUCCUAACCAGUCGAAACAUCAUUCUUGUCCUGUUCAUCAUGAUGUCCAUUGGAGGUGCAGUGAUCACCGCAAUUGCUGCACUCGUCUUUGCCGGUUGGGAACUCAAUGUCUUUGAAUCAUCGAUGAUGGCACUGAUCGUCGGCCUGACGGUAGACUUUACUUUGCAUUACGGUGUAGCGUACCUUCAUUGUCCCAAAGAUGAUCGCAAAUCUCGAAGUCACUACUCCAUCACCACAUUCUCUCGGGCAAACUCUAUGGCAGCACUAUCAAGUUUCAUUGCAGGAUCACUCAUGUUACCCGCUGAUGUUAUCAUCUUUAACCAACUUGGUCUUGCUCUUCAAAUUAUCAUGGUCUGUAGCUGGGCUACCGGGACUUUCUUCUUUAUUUCGCUCUGCCGCACGAUCGGCCCGGAGAAACGUCAGGGAAAGUUGUCAUCUUGCUUUAAAAAAAGCAAUGGGAUUGAAAUUAAUUCUGUAACUUGAAAGAAGCAUUAUUUGAAAAAAUGUUUUUAUGGUUGAAAUU